GCUCUUCCAUCGUUGGUUGCCUCACCAGCCGUCUCGUUCCGUCGUUCGUUGCCUCUCCUACCUCUCUCGCUAUAUAUCAGGGCUCUCGCUUUGCUCAGGUGUGAGCUCCGUCCUCCUCGCCUUGCCUGCCUCUCUCUUCAGCUAGCUCCCGGCCGGCUGCACGGUUGCCUCCUGCAGCUGCUACCUGCUGCCAAGUUCCUGAAAAAGAACACUUCACAGUUCCAUUUCAGAAUCCUGGAGUGGAGAAUUGAUCCAGGGACCAUGAAGGACGUCAUGGGAGAAAAGAGGAGACAUGGAGGACAUAUCCACGCUGUUGGGUUUGGGGUUGGAGGACGACAUGCGGAACACGAGGAGAAGCCCAAGGAGCAGAAGAAGCUAGACAUGAGCGGCAUGUCCAUGGACACCCUCCCACAUCUCACCAUGCCUCUUGGAGACAUCACCACCUUGGAUCUCUCCAACAACAAUCUCCAGAGCAUUCCAGAGUCCAUAAUCGCGAGGCUUCUGAACGUGGUGAUGCUGGACGUGCGGUCCAACCAGCUGACGUCGCUGCCCAACUCCAUCGGCUGCCUCUCCAAGCUCAAGGUGCUCAACGUCUCCGGCAACCUGCUCCACUCCCUCCCCGCCACCAUCGAGGAAUGCCGUGCGCUGGAGGAGCUGAACGCCAACUUCAACCAGCUGACGAAGCUGCCGGACACGCUGGGCUUCGAACUCCACGGCCUCCGCCGGCUGUCCGUCAACUCCAACAAGCUCGCGUACCUGCCGUCCUCCACCUCCCACAUGACGGCGCUGCGCGCGCUCGACGCGCGCCUCAACUGCCUCCGCGCGCUGCCCGACGGCCUCGAGAACCUCGGCAGCCUCGAGACGCUCAACGUCAGCCAGAACUUCCAGUACCUGCGGGAGCUGCCCUACGGCAUCGGCCUCCUCGUCUCGCUCCGGGAGCUCGAUAUCAGCUACAACUCCAUAACCGCGCUCCCGGACUCCAUGGGCUGCCUCACCAAGCUCGUCCGGUUCAGCGCCACGGGCAACCCGCUCGUGUGCCCGCCCAUGGACGUCGUCGAGCAGAGCCUCGACGCCAUGCGCACCUACCUCAGCGCGCGGAUGAACAGCACCCAGAGGAAGAAGAAGUCCUGGGUGCCCAAGCUGGUCAAGUUCAACACGUUCUCGGCGGGGAUGAUGACGCCCGGCCGCACGAAGGUGCACGGUAACACCGAUGGACUGUUGAUGUCAGAUUACCGGUCACUCAACGGCGGCAUCGCAUCGCCGGGGUUCCUCAGCAUGCUGUCUCCCCGGCGGCUCUUCUCGCCGCGGAGGAACUCGCCCAAGCAUUAGUAGGGGUGCUCCAGCUAUGUGUGAUGCCUCCCUAUAGCCUGUUUGCUCGCUGCUUCGUUUGUUCAGAUGAUAUGCUCGUACUGUAGCCCGAUUAAGCUGCUGGUGUUGCUACUGCAGGUGUAUAUGUUUUGAAGAGGUAUAUAUGAAGUGUGUAUAGUAAUAUUACAAUAGGGCAUUGAUCGAUGUACAUAAGAACUAAGGGUGUCCCUUCUUGUUGUUUUUUAGGUUACUUCCGCACUAAUGCUUAAGGUAAGGGUAGUGCUUUUCUAGCAGUUGUAUUAUCUACAUGUUCAGUGACCAUAACAAUUGAAGUUGAA